AGUUUUGCGCCGGUGCUCAUGGGAGCAACACGCGGGCAGUGCGAAGCGCUCGAAUCCGCGCGAGGAGUUCACAAACACCUUCAUGUUUAAUAAUGUGGUGGAGUUCUUGCAUUCGAUGAAAGAAGGGUUGCAUAAUGCGACGCAGGAAGCUUUACAAAAGCAUGUAAAAAACGCCUCCGACGCUGAAUAUCCGGCGUACGGAGUGACAGGACCCAAUAAGGAGGUUUCACCAUCCGGGGAUCGUCGCCUGGCCCAAUCGGCGCAAAUGUACCACUACCAGCAUCAGAAACAACAAAUCAUCGCAAUGGAAAGGGCAGCGGCGACUGAAAGGCACGGGUCCAUUUCGGAGGCGGACAGUGAUGAAGAGAACGAAGAGGGUGAUUACACCGUGUACGAAUGCCCUGGACUAGCGCCGACUGGCGAAAUGGAAGUGAAGAAUCCAAUGUUCCAGGACGAUCCGACUCCGGCGCAGACGCCGCAGCAGAAGCAGUCGGAUGGCUCCGGGGCAAAGAAGUGAAGUGUGCGGCGUGCAUGAGAAUCCACCACCCCCACCGCAUCCAUUGCCGCCACCACCGCAACCACCGUCGCUUUGCUAAUGAUGCUGUGCACGCUCACCGUCAUCCACCUGCGGUUGCUUGCAAGCGUCGCUGUCGUCGUACUGCUCCACCUAACCUCACACCACACUUGACACAUACAAGAGACAGCCACAUAUCAUAGCGGAAUUUACUUGCGUGCACAGCUCAACAGAAUCACACACUCACGUAACAAAUGAAAACCAACAAUGAGCUUUUGAUGUAUCUACAUACCUACUUAGCUACUUUCAGACAUUUUCGGAGUUUAUUUGUGUCUCUUCACUAGUUGUGUAAAUGUAGCCUUACAUGAUGGCGGACAAGUUGACCAAUCAUAGGUUUUGGGUAAAUUACGAACAUGCACGAUGAAAGUUCCGAUUGUAAGCGACACGUCCAUUAGAAAAUCAAAGAGAAAAGAAAAACAAGAAAUGAACACAUAACCAUACUUAAUCUAAACAAAUAUUUAGACGGAGAGUUACGUAUGAUACAAUUAACGUAAAUAGAACAAUCUGUUUGAUUAUGUAAAACGAUUAUUUUAAUGUUAAUUGGGUUUGUGUUGGUUUUGUUUUUUGAAGGGCGAAUUUAAUUUGCAAUGACAUUCGCAGAUUUUAUCAUGAAAUCAUUGAAAUGUUAAUGAAAGACGUUUGAUUUGCGUUUGUUUGUCAAGUUUCUCGCGAUGCAUCAACAUCGUUAUCAUUAAUGAUAGAAAAAUAGUUAACUAUAACAAAUGAAAGCUAGCUGUCAGAGAAUUACGCGCACAAAUAAUGUCGUAACGCAACGAAUGAGAAUCAUGAGGAAUGAAAAUUGUUUUGCAUGUUGAUCAUUCGCUGUUCGUUGCGCAAUAAAUAGCUGUAAGUUACUGACUUUUGAGAGAUGAGCGAAAUUAUUUAUUAUUUAUUCAUUAUUUGUGAAAAUGAUUCAUAUAACCGUGAAGUUACCUCAAAAAUCUGCGAAUGAAAUCAAUGCAAACGUGAUUUAACCUCAAAACUUAGUUUUAUUUUAAGGUUAUCUUUGUUUUACGUUAGAAUUUGGUUUUGCUUGUUACAAAGACUGAAACAGUAGGAAAACAAGAUUUAUAUCUAUCUAUCUAUCUACCAAAAUGAUACCAAAGAAAUACACCGUGCGGAAACGAAAUUUAACAACAAUUCAAUAUCAGACAAGAAUGAGUAGGUACUUUGUACUUAAGUAAGGUUAGGAAGGCUUCACAAUGACUAAAUUUAUGUAUGAAACUUAUACCAAAAAUGAGAUACAGCAAGACUUGCAUUUUGCAUUGUUUAUAAUGAUUACGGGUAGUGACAGCAUAACAAAUAAUUAAAAUUUAGCAUAUUUAGUCGAACAUCAAGUAUAAAACUUGCUAUGAACUCAUUAUUAAUUUAAAUUUAAUUUAUUAUUGAUUUUUAUUGAAAUUAACGAUAAUUUAACCUAAAAAAGCUUGUUUUUAAGGUUUUUCUGAUGCAAAAUUAUUAUUUUAUGUGUAAUUUUGUUGUGGUGAGUUCAAAGACAAGUUCUUUAGUUGAUUUCAUCGUAAAUAUCUCGAAAUAUUGCAAGAAAUAUAUCAAAACAUGCAAAACAAGCAACAAAUUACCCGCACCUAAUGCAUAAUCUAAGAACUAACCAAAUAAGUAACCAAAUAACACACUUACAACCUAACAGAAAACUAAUAACAGUAAUAACGUACGUAACCUAACAUCAUCAACACGCUUGAGUAGAUUUUGAGGUUAGUAGUUAGUCGCUAGUCGAUGGCGCGGCAGAAUUAGUUGUAGCUGCAGAUGCGAUAUCUUCCAACAUUCCAACAAUCCUGUUAUCUAUUAUUAUGAUUAUCGAUCGAACUGUCACACUAUCGAAACGAACGGUUUCAUCGAAUUGUUUGCUUUAACUCGCUUCUAGCAUUAUUUUCAGCUCAAAACAAAAAUCUCUGUAUUUUUAACUCUAAUGAUGAAUCUUCUUCCACCCAGUAAUUUAUACUUAAGCUUAUUCUAAUGACUUUAGUAAAUAUUAAACAUUUAGUGAUUGUUACUGAAGUGAAUUUGAUUACUGAAUUAAGUUUGAUUAAAUCAAUUAACAUGUGUUACGAUUGCGAUUGAGUUGAAACAUUUGAAAGAAGAAACAAAUCUAUUUAUAUAUUUCUACUAUACAUACAUUAUAAAUAAAUAAAAAAUAUAUAAAUAUAUAUUAUAUAUAAAAUAUUAUAUUAUACGAUGAAAACCAAAACUAAUGAAAUGAGAUUAACUGUAAUUACUAAACAAUUGUGUAUAGAAUAAUUACCAAAAUGGCGAAAAUACAUAAAUGUUGAAUGAUGAAUAUUAUAGCGAACAAAGAAUACCAAAAUUUCUGUUGUUUUACACUCAUUUUGUUUAAAUUCGAUUCAAUUCAACGUCCAGACUGUGUACACAGAGAAUGUAGUGUAAAUUAAUCUAUAAUAUACAAAAUAUAAUAAAUGUACAUAAACUAA